AUUCGUCAAAGUUGUUCGUAUUUUAUUAGCUUAUGUUACACCUUUUGUUAUAAUCCUUGGAGUCAUACUAAAUAUCAUAUCAUUUAGUAUGUUAAGUAAAUCGGUUAGCGACUCAGGAUUAUCAUUAUAUCUUCGAGCACUUGCGAUAUCCGACAACGGAGCGUUAAUAUUUGAUUAUGGUGUGGGAGUUGCAAGAUCAAAUUUUUCAGCUUUCAAUAAUUUAUUUAUGAACAGUAAAUUUCUAUGUUGCAUGAACUCUGUGUGUAUGGAAUUUUUUCAAAUAAUAUCAACUUGGCUUGUAGUAUCGUUAACAUGGGCUCGUGUUACGGCAAUUAUUUUUCCUCUUCAAACAUUUAAUAAAAAUCAUGAUCGUUUUGCAGUUAUUGUUAUUAUUACCUUAACAUGCCUUAGUCUUGCUGUUUCUCUUACCAAAUUAUACUGUGGAGGAUACGAAUCUGACAGCGUAUUUGAAUAUGUAACUUGUCAAAAAAUAGUAAUCCCAUGGGGAAUCCCGAUGUAUUUUUAUAUAGCUUUUUGUACAUGGCUUCCUUUACUUUUCGUUUUUAUUGGGAAUGUAUUACUCAUAUUUCAUAUGAGAAAGUCUGAAGUUAUUCACAUACAAUUAACUGGAUCAGUUCGGAAUAAAUUGAAUUUUAUUAAUCGAACAAGUGGAACUCUAUUAGCAGUAUCACUUGUUUAUUUGAUUUUAUUAUUACCUAUUGGAUUCGUUGAAACUUUAGAACUAUAUUGGGAUGUUAUACUGAAAAAAUAUCCCUCAAAAGAUAUUGAAGAAAAUCAACAACAAUACAUAAGUUGGCUUCAAGAAAAGAUGUUGUUAAAAUGGUGCCGAGGAUUAUUUUUUCAUAUUUAUCAUUGGAAUUUUGCUAUUAAUUUUUUUCUUUAUUAUUUGACAGGAAAAAAAUUCAGAGAUCGCGUAAUUAAUGCUUUAAAAAAUUGCACUAAAUUUUUGUUUAACAAGGAUAAUUCAGCAGAAAGAUGA